AUCAUUAGAUAUGGAUAUAAUGUAUACGCCCCAGCAAGGCGCAAUUCUAUCCGCACAAGUCCAAGCCCAAUGGCCUCAAUCAAGGGCAUCUUCAAAGCCAAAGGUGGGACUCGCCCCGGCCAGUGCGUUGAAAAGCGGCACCGCGUCGGGCCGAGUCAGUCAACACAGAAAGGCGGAGGAAGCUCCAGCUCCGACUCCUCCGCAAAAGACUACAGAAUAGCUCUCGACUAGCGCAUACCACUGACACUCCGUCUGCUUACAGUCUGGCCCCAUGGCCCAAUCCACCGAAGCUACUCACGCGACUUCCGCCCACAUUCCCGCGAUUGUCAAACCACUGGCGCCUUACAUCAAGAGCCGCCAAGAGACCCUCCGUAUCCGACAAGCCUUGACCGUCUACCUACGUUCGCACAUUGACUUCGCUGAGAACGAUCCCGAACACCCCGGCUGUCACAGCCAGUCCCAUCUCUCGCUUUCCGUGCCCCACGAUACGGUUGUCGACGUGAAGCGCAUUCCACCGGAGCUGACGGGGUUGCGGAAAGAAUACCUGGAGGCGCUGCGAGCGAAUGUGGUGGCGAGGAAGAACUUUCAGUCUGCGGUGGAGAAAGCAACUUCUAUAAGGCAUAAGGGGGGCAAGGCUAGAGCGGAAGAAUUAUCCGUGGGCUCAUCUUUGGAAUUACAGGACUAUCUGAAACUCCUUCGCGACCGUCGUCAGCACGCAAAGCUUCAGGUUUUCCAACAUUACUUGCAGGAGCUCAAACAGCGGGAUACGUUCAAGUCAGGGGACUUGGAAGCCAAUGGUGCCCGGUAUCAGCAGCUUGUGCCGCCAGAGGCACUCGAGGAUAUCCAACAUGGCUCCCAAUCAGGAGAGAGCAUUGAAGAGCUGAUGCACAAGCUGGAAAGAGCCAUCAUCCGCGCCAAGGCCCAGCUGGAGAGAGAAAAGGGGCUGCUGGAAGAUCUCAAGGCACGAUGCGCGUUGGAAGGGCCCCGGGAUGUAUCACCCGCAACCAAGGUCUUGGCAUUACAGCGAACGCGGAACGAGUUGGUGCAUUGGGUGGAGGAAAAACUGGUGAGUGUUGGAAACAGCGAAAACAGUGGAGCCGCCCAGGACUUCCGUCCCAAAGACAUCGAGGAGUCUGUGCGCCUCCUGGAGGAGAAGAAAGCACGGAUCGCGCAACAGUAUGCGGCGUAUGCGGACGCUCGCAAACGCCUUCUAGAUGCAGCCUCAAGAGCUUGCCAGCCGAUCGCUCUUCCAUCCACAACCCCCCCAACUCGAUCUCCUAGCAUAAUCCAAGGUAAAAGCGCGACGGAGGAAACCCAAUCGCUGGAUGCAUUGGAAGUUCUUUCUUUUACAAAUGACGUCCUUCAGCCGCUGUCCAAGAGUCAGCGAGCACUAGCCUUACAGAAGUUCUACUUAUCCGGUAUACUUGCCAAGGAGAAAGCCACAACCCUUCGUGUCCUCAACCGGCUGCGUGAUGAGAGUCAUUUACUCCCCGAGUAUCCGAUCCUUGCCCGCCAACCGCGAUUCAAGCACGCGACAGCCGCCCUAGCUUCGCGCCAGGCUACGAACUCCGAACCUGCUAAGCCAGACGACAUUGUUAGUUUGGCUGAGGCUUGGGCAUUUGCUUCGAGUGCAGCAGGAACAAGCGAGCAGGAAUACGUGGAGCACAAGGUAGAAGAAGGAACCGAAUCAGCGCAGGAUGCAAAGCAUGUGCUGGGAGCUGUCUACGAUAUGCUCAACCAGAACCUUGAGUAUACUCUACAAGACCGUGAUGAUGAAACGGGCGAGAAUGAUAUCUGGGCGUCAGAGGCGCGAUUGACCCGGUCGCGAGCCAAGACGCAGCGGAUGCAGCAGUCAGCCAAAGGCCCAUGGGUUAGGCUGCAUGGCCAAGUGGGUGUUGCAGAAUGAUAUACCUGUACUAUAUAAUAUACGAGGAUGCGGUUGGAUUAAACAAAU